AUGACGAGCACAACACCGAAACUGAUACGUGCUGAUCAUGGCUCUGAUGUUCCUCACGAUGAUGACCACAAGACUGAGCGACAUGAGCACGAACAUGGAGAGAACGGCUGUCAUCUAGCUGAAGCUUGCGGUGCCCAUCUUCACGCCGCCUUCGAAAGCAAGCCGCCACUGUUUCCGCCGUCAGAACCAGCAGUCGGGACUUCGACUGGUCAUUUUCACGGCAACGCUCGUCCCGGAAUGGUGGCUUUUCAUCACAUCAAGAAACCGGCUAAACAAAGGGCGAAACCCAUUCGCCUCAUGGGCAUCUUGAGCACGGCUCGUCGUCGAAGUUCCGCAGCAGCGACAAAGUUUGUUUUGAAAGCCCCAUCGUCCAUGGCAGACUCAACGUCCCAUGCGAUGCUUAAUGUCACUGGCAUGAAUUGCUCCGGUUGUGCCAACAAUCUUACCAUGGCUUUGAAAGGCACCAUGGCGUUCACGAUGUGCAUGUUGUCUUCGUCAGGGGAACUGCCGGGUUCGAUGUGGAUUUGGAUGUUACCAGCCGUGGAAAAGGCGAUUCAACAUGCUAAACGUGCCACGGGAUACAAGCUCACCCCAUUUUCUGCCGACACCCAAACUCUAGAAAUUCUCAUGGAUCCGGAUACUGCGAAAAGAUUCAUCCAUGAUCUCCCUCGCGGCGUGGAGAAAUGUGAAAACGUCUCCAAGACUAGAUAUGAAGUCAACUAUGAUCCAUGUCUAUUGGAACAAGACAAAGUAUUGUCGGCGACAGGGGGCGGAUUGCUUUCAGCCGGAAGACGCAAAUUGAUCGACACUUCGAUCAAGAUGACUCUUGCUCUCAUCGUGACCAUCCCGGUGGUCGUUCUAGCAUGGUCCGACGUCUCCGUCUCGGAGCGCACUAAGCAGUACGUCUCAAUCGUUCUCGAAACUCUGGUCCAGGCCGUAGCGUAUCCGGAAUUUUACAAGCCAGCCAUUUCGACACUUAUCUACAAUCAUAUUCUAGAAAUGGACAUGCUCAUCGUCAUCGCCAUUACUGCCGCCUACGGAUAUUCUGUCGUGGCAUUCCGAAACCUUGACGUGGUCCACGAGGAAGUCCUGUCGCUUCCCCAUUUGCCUUCCCUUCAGCCGUUCUCCUUGAUUAAAGCUCUGGUCAGCAAAAACCAGCAUCCGGUCUCGCAAGCUGUGGCGGCUACUCUUCAGAAGCGGGCCUGCGGCGAUGGAACGAAUGAUGCAGUCGCGGUGGCUCAAGCAAAUGUCGGUGUUCCGAUCGAAUCCUCCAAUGUCACACGGGCAACAGCAGAUGUGGUCCUCCUUUCUGAUCUAGAAGGUAUCGUUCAUCUUCUCGACGUCUCUGAGGCGGCUUUCCGGCGUGUCAUCUUCAACUUUGUCUGGUCAGCGAUCUACAAUGUGUUCGCUAUCCUGCUGGCUGCCGGCGCUUUCGUCAAGGUCCGCAUUCCACCAGCGUAUGCUGGUUUGGGUGAAAUCGUCAGCGUCUUGCCUGUCGUUGUGGCUGCCUUGACAAUGCCAAAAGUGAAAACUGCAUCGACUGGUCGGCCCUAG